CAUGGUGGGCGAGCGGCGUGGCGGGAACCUUCUGGUGACUCUGGGUCCUCGGCUGCAGGCGUACCCGGAGGAGCUGAUCCGCCAGCGCCGCAACCACGACGGGCAGACGGAGUACCUGAUUCGCUGGAGCCUCGUCACCAUCGACGACGGCUCCGGCUCCGGGGGCGGGGCCAGCGAGGCGGGCGGGGCCGGAGGCGGCGGCGGCGGCUCCGGGGCGGACAACGGCGGCGGCUCGUCGUCCGGAGAAACCAAACCGGAGAACAUCCUGAUGUGGAUGACCACGGAGGACGUGUACGCUAACUGCCCCACGCUGCUGGGCAAGAGGAAGGACCCGCAGCGCCCCCUGGAGGCGCAGAGGGAGCCCGGAGCGCCGAGGGGAGGCGCCGACUUCCCGCCGGACGUCACCUUCGACGAGGUGGAGCUGUCCGACAUGAAGGAGGACGUGAAGAACCUGGUGCGGCGAGCUCGCAAGCAGAUGGCGAAGAAGAGCGACUUCUCCAUCAGCAUCACCCACACCAUCCACGUCCUCAGCGCCUACGCCUCCAUCGGCUCCCUGGUGGGCGUCUUCAAGGAGACCGGAGCCCUGAAUCUCCUCAUGGAGCUCCUCUGCAACAAGGAGACGCAGACACGCCGCAGCGCCGGCAAGAUGCUACGGGCGCUAGCAUCACACGACGCAGGGAGCAGAGCCUAUGUCCUCCUGUCCCUCAGCCAGCAGGACGGCAUCGAGCAGCACAUGGACUUUGAUAACCGCUACACGCUGCUGGAGCUGUUCGCUGAGACAACGUCCUCCGAGGAGCACGGCAUCUGCUUCGAGGGCAUCCACCUGCCUCAGAUCCCGGGGAAGCUGCUGUUCUCUCUGGUGAAGCGUUACCUGUGCGUGACGUCUCUGAUGGACAAGCUGAACACGGCGGGGGGGGCGGAGCCUAGCUGUGACAGACAGGACGCCAGCCCGUCCCCGUCGUCCUCCCAGCAGACGGAGCAGCUCCGUGUCCAGCGGGAGUUUGACUUCACCAUGGCGAUGGCCAACCUCAUCUCGGAGCUGGUCCGGGUCAUGGGCUGGGACCGCAACCGCCAGCCCCCCGACGGCCCCGCCCCCCGCCAGGCCGGGGGCGGGGCCUGCGGCGAGGAGGCGGGGGAGGAGGCGCUCCGCCCCGUUCUCCGGUCCAUCUUCCAGCCUCGUUUCUUCGCCUCGCCCGUCGUCCUCGCCGCCAGCUCCGCCGCCGUGGCCGCCCCCGCCGCCGCCGCCACGCCGCCCAAGAAGAAGGCGGGGAACGGGUACAAGACGCGGUCGGACUUCGCCUCGCGCUCCGCCUACGUGGAGUACGUCCAGGACAACCUGAAGAGCGGCAUGACGGUCCGCAUGCUGGAGGACUACGAGGAGGUGAGCGCCGGGGACGAGGGGGAGUUCCGCUACAGCAACGACGGCUCGCCGCCCGUUCAGGUCUACUGGAACUCCCUGUCCAGGACUUACUGGGUCCACUGGCACAUGGUGGAGAUCCUGGGCAGCGGCAGCGGCAGCCAGGCGGAGAAGGAGACGCAGGAGAAGGCGUCCACGCUGACGGAGACACUCAGACUCACCGCAGUGAGCCAGACGUUCUUCUCGAAGCCCCCCGGUGGACUCUACUCGCUGCCGUACCUGUCGGAGGGUCUGCAGAGGGAGCCGGCGGCUCUGAGCCGGGCCGAGUGGUGGGAGCUGCUCUUCUUCAUCAAGAAGCUGGAGCCCAAACAGCAGCAGGAGGUCAACACGGAGCUGCUGCAGAGCCUGGACCAGGAGACAGAGCUGGACGACUCGUCUCUGAUCGGCCUGUCCGUCCCCGGAGACGUGGCCAAGAAGCUGCUCCACUACCUGAAGCAGAAGCUGCCGUCCUCGUGUCUCGGAGACCUGCUGUGCUCCCACACCUUCUCCAAACACUACCUGAGGAGGGGGGGCGGGACCCUGGAGGACGAGGAGCUGCUGGCUGAGAGCUCUCUGGGCUCGUCCAGUCUGGGGGGAGGACAGGGACAGGGACAGGUCUCGUCCUCCUCUUCGUCUGUCUCGGCCCCGUCCUCCUCCGCCAUGGGGUCUGUCUCCAAGAAAGCCAAGAAGGAACUUCCUGUGGACUCGGGCUGCGGCAGCUCGGAGACGGACAACGAGCUGCCCUCGGAGGACGACAGCAAGUACCCCGAGGACAUGGAGGACAAGAUGAAAGUGUUUAACAACCCGCGGGUCCAGGGGAAGAAGACGGUGCUGGAGAAGCUGGGCGAGGUGGUGGACAUCCUGAAGAAAGGGGGGUCGGGCUCAGACCAGAACCAGCAGCUGGCCGCCGUCCUCUUCCUCACCAGGCUGCUGGAGGAGAAGAACACCCAGGAGAAGAACUCCAUGAGGAGCGACUCGGCCCAGACCAUCCGGGACAAGGUGCUGAAGCUGCUGGUGGAGCUGCUGUCCUCGUCCAGCAGAGACCUGGUGGUCGGCACGCUCAGACUCACUCACCUGCUGAUGCUGAAGUACGAGUGGCGUGUUUCCUUCGCCACGGAGGGCGGAGUCAAAGCCGUGCUGUCCUGCAUGCAGGAGUUCUCCUCCGUCACACACGUCCAGCAGCUGGCGCUCGCGACUCUGAAGGUGAUCACCGGAGCCAGUAAACACGACCUGCGCAGCGUGGGCAGCAGCCUGCCGCUCUCUGAGUCCGGCACCCAGAUGAUGUUGGAGAUCUUCGCCAGCAUCGGCUCGGCCACGCCCGAAGGCUCCCGCGGCCUGCUGGGCGCCGUUCCCGCCGCCAUCGACCUCAUGCUGCAGACUAAAGGCUGCGUGCUGUCGGUGCGUAACGGCCUGCUGGUCGUCAUCAUGCUCAUCUCCAACCACAAGAGUCUGGCGGAGCAGCUGGUCGCCGCCGACGUCACCGCCGUCCUCAAGAAGUGUCUGAUCCUGUCCUCCACCGAGACCAUGCUCGCCAUCAUCGCCCUCAACCACAUCUCCAUGGUGCACAAGCUGGAGAGCAAAGAGAGGGAGCAGCUGGACCUGAAGGACUCUGAGCUCCAGAUGUUGCUGGUGAGUCUGAAGGAGCUGACGGCCACCAAAGAGGUGAUCCAGACUCUGGAGGGGCUGCUGUGUGACGACAACACACACCUGGAGGAGGAGAGGAGCCAGGUGAGCCACAGCAGGGACACCUACCAGGACCUGGUGCGUCUGAUGGAGCAGCACCGAGCGGACCGCGCCGUGCAGCUCUCCAUCCUCAGGAUCCUGAAUAAGUUCCUGGACAGCUACCAGGAGGACGUGCUGCCGUGGCACGAGAGCAUCGAGCCGUGUCUGUCCUCCAUGACGGCCUUCAUCAACGACAGAGAGGUGGUGCAGCUGUUCAUCCGGUUCCUGUACCGGCUGGCGUCCCUGAACAAGGACUACGCGGUGGUGAUGUGCCGGCUGGGCAGCAGGGAGGCUCUGGUCAAAGCUCUGGACAAACACAGCACCAACCUGCUGCUGGUCACCGAGCUGCGGGACCUGGUGGCCGACUGUGAGAAGUACGCCAGCCUCUACAAGAAGAUGACCACCAGCGUCCUGGCCGGCUGCAUCCAGAUGGUCCUGGGUCAGAUCGAGGAGCACCGCCGCAGCCACCAGCCCAUCAACAUCCCCUUCUUCGACGUGUUCCUCAGGAACCUCUGCCAAGGCUCCAGUGUGGAGCUGAAGGAGGAUAAGUGCUGGGAGAAGGUCGAGGUUUCGUCCAAUCACCAUCGAGCCAACAAGCUGACGGACAAGAACCCUAAAACCUACUGGGAGUCCAACGGCUGCACGGGGUCCCACUUCAUCAACGUCUACAUGCACAAAGGGGUCGUCAUCAGACAACUGGCCAUCCAGGUGGCCAGCGAGGACUCCAGCUACAUGCCGGCCCGGGUCCUGGUCCUGGGAGGAGACGACCCCACCAACAUCAACACCGAGCUCAACACGGUGAAUGUGACUCCGUCGGCCAGUCGGGUGGUUCUCCUGGAGAACAUGACCCGGUUCUGGUCCAUCAUCCAGAUCAGGGUCAAGAGAUGUCAGCAGGGGGGGAUCGACACACGGGUCCACGGGUUCGAGGUUCUGGGUCCGAAGCCGACCUUCUGGCCCGUGUUCAAGGAGCAGCUGUGCUGUCGGACCUACCUGUUCUACAGCACCAAGGCCCACACCUGGUGCCAGGAGGUGACCGAGGACAAGACGCAGCUGCUGCAGCUCUUCAACAAGUUGAACAGCGCUCUGAGACAUGAGCAGAUGUUUGCUGAUCGUUUCCUGCCGGACGCUGAAGCUGCUGAAGCUCUGGGACGAACCUGCUGGGAGGCUCUGAUCACCCCCAUAGUACACAGCAUCACACACACAGAAUGCUCGGCGUCCAGCCCUCUCUCCUGGCUGCUCAGUGAGUAUCUGGAUAACGCCGAGUCGGCUCGCCGCUGUAAGAGCCGCGCCGCCAUCUUUAACUCCAGAGUGAGACGCCUCACUCACCUGCUGGUCCACGUGGACACCAGCCGGCCCGACGCCGAGGAGCUCCGCCCCCCCGUCAAGUCAAAAGGUCUCAACCGAAGCAAAGAGCUGAAGAACGGUAAAGAAGGUAAAAACAAAGAGGCCGCCGCCGCCUCUUCCUCCUCCUCCUCCUCCUCAGCCAAGCCCAGAGUGAAGAGCAGCAGCAGCAUCGCAGGCAUCGCCCUCUGCUGGCAGGGAGUGGUACAGCGCCAGGUGAAGAAGUUCCUGGAGUCGAGCUGCAGCCUGCCGGACUUCGUGGAGCGUUACCGGACUCUGUACCUGCGCCUGAAGAACGCCAUGGAGGAGCUGUUCGGGCAGCAGACCGCCUUCGUGCUCGCCCUCCGCCACGGCUUCUCCGCCGCGCUGCUGCAGCUCUCCAUCCUCAGAGCCAUGCACGUGAGCGAGCGUUUUGCCCAGUACAUCGACCAGAUGAUGGAGGCGAGCGCGGCGGCGGCGGGCAGCGUGGAGACUCUGGAGCGUCUGCAGCAGUUCCUGGAGCCGAUGCUCUUCCUGUCGGGGCUGGAGCUCGCCAACACCUUCGAACACUUCUACAGGUACUACCUGGGCGACCGGCUGCUGGCGCAGGGCAACGUGUGGCUGGAGAGCGCCGUAAUCGACCAGAUCGGCAGCUGCUUCCCCAGCCGCUUCCCGCAGCAGAUGCUGAAGAACCUGAGCGAGUCUGCGGAGCUGCAGCAGGAGUUCCACCUGUACCGCCUGCAGCAGCUGGACCGCUGCCUGCAAGACCACGACCAGAUGAUGGAGGAGGAGUGGGCGGAGUCAGAGGAGGAGGCCGACGUCCAGGUCCUCGUUCUGUCCCCGCGCUGCUGGGCCGUGUCCUCGCUCUGCUACCUGGACGAACCCACGAAACACUUUCCAGCCGAACUCUGCUCCUACCUGAACCAGUUCACCCAGUUCUACACCCACAGUCAGUCCCUGUACGGUCUGUCCCACUCGAAGCCUCGGCGUCUCCAGUGGACGUGGCUGGGACACGGAGAGCUGAGCUUUGGUCUGUGGACGCUGCAGGUGUCAACGCUGCAGAUGUUCAUCCUGCUGCACUUCAACAGCCAGCAGGAGGUGAGUGUGGACGUCCUGCUGGAGGACAGCGGUCUGUCUGUCCCCGUCCUCCUCCACGCUCUGCAGCCUCUGAUCUCAGAGGGAGGACCUCUGACCUGCAGCUCCCCAGAGGAGCCCCGCCAUGGUGUGCUGCAGGUGAACCAGGAGGCGUGGCUCCAGAGCCAGGGGGGCGUGUCCUGGGUGCAGCUGCUGCCCAGACAGACGUACCUGAAGGUGGACGAGGACGCAGCAGGAACUCUGGAGAGGAAGAGGAGCUUCAUCUACUGCCUCAUCGUCAGCAUCAUGAAGAGGGAGAAGGAGAUGCACAUCGACAACCUGGUCUUCAAGGUCCUGGACUCGUGUCAGAAGCAGGAGGCGUCUGGCUCGCCGGGCGCCGGCCGGUUCAGCUGCAGCACCAGCGACGUGCUGUCCUGCAUCAUGCACGUCAUCAGUAAAGGCUGCGUCCGCCGCAGCGACGACAACCCGCACAUCGUGGAGUUCCUGCCGGAGGACCCGUCCACGCCGCAGAAAGGCCAGGCCCAGUUCUCCUUCAGCCGGGCCGAGGUCCGCAAGGACGCCGCCACCGCCGCCGACAGCCAGGCCGACAUCAGUCUGAUUUCGGCGCCGCGGCGUUUCGAGGACGGCGUUCUGGACGCGGUUCUGUUCUCGAUGGGUCGAACCAUGACGCAGACGGAAAUUCAUCAGCUGAUGCAGAGGACGGUCCAACAGGUGACGGGGACUCUGAGUCUGGACCCGGACCGGGCCGAACACCUUCUGGUCCACUGUAAGUGGAACGUGGAUCUGCUGGUUCAGCGCUACACCGACGACCCCGACGCUCUCAUCAUCGCCGCCGGACUCAAGUCCAGAAACCCUCAACCUCCUCCAAGCCCCGCCUCCACCUGCCCCGUCUGCCUCAGCCCCCGCACCGCCGAGCCCGUCCCCUCACUGAGCUGCAUGCACUACUGCUGCAGGUCGUGCUGGCAGGAGUACCUGACGGCGAGGAUCGAGCAGAACCUGGUGAUGAGCUGUAACUGUCCGAUCACAGACUGCCAGGCUCAGCCCACCUCGCUCUUCUUCCGCAGCAUCCUGACCGACGGGGACACCAUCGCCAAGUACGAGAGUGCCUUGCUCAGAGGGUACGUGGAGUGCUGCUCCAACCUGACGUGGUGCACCAACCCUCAGGGCUGCGACCAGAUCCUGUGUAAGGAGAACAUGGGCAGCAUGGGGACCUGCUCCAAGUGCUGCUGGUCCUCCUGCUUCAGCUGCAACUUCCCCGAGGCCCACUACCCGUCCAGCUGCAGCCACAUGUCUCAGUGGAUGGAUGACGGAGGUUAUUAUGAAGGCAUGAACAUGGAGGCUCAGAGCAAACACCUGGCCAAGCUCAUCUCCAAACGCUGCCCCAGCUGCCAGGCCCAGAUCGAGAAGAACGAGGGCUGCCUGCAUAUGACCUGUGCCAAGUGUAACCACGGCUUCUGCUGGCGGUGUCUGAAACCAUGGAAACCAACACACAAAGAUUACUACAACUGCUCCGCUAUGGUGAGUAAAGCAGCGCGGCAGGAGAAGAAGUUCCAGGAUUAUAAUGAGCGAUGCACCUUCCACCACCAGGCCAAGGAUUUUGCCAUCAACCUGGAGAACAAAGUGUCGUCCAUUAAUGAAGCUCUGCAGAUGAAAUCUUUGACGUUCGUCAUCGACGCCUGUAAAGUCCUCGCUCAGGCUCGGAAGGUGCUGGCCUACGCCUGCGUCUACAGCUACUACAACCAGGAGACGGAGAAGAUGGACGUGAUGGAGCAGCAGACGGAGGCUCUGGACCUGCACACCAACGCCCUGCAGAUCCUGCUGGAGGAGACGCUGCUGCAGUGCACUGACCUGGCCUCCUGUGUCCGUCUGCUGAAACCAGAACACCUCAACACCGGACUGGAACUGAUCCGACGCAUCCAGGAGCGUCUGCUGGCCAUCCUGCAGCACUCCAUCCAGGACUUCAGGGUGGGUUUCCAGUCCAAGAGCGGCCAGGAACCAGAAUCCACGCAGGCCUCCAACCUGUCCAACAACAAGGACACCAACAAAGUGUCGAAGUCGGAACGAGCGUCAGACUCCGGAGAUUCUGACAACAACAACUGCGCCGGCGAGGACGGCGGCGAGGAGGCGGAGGACGACGACGAGUACGACGAAGAGUACGUCCCCGAGUGGCACGAGGACUACGACGAGGACGACAUCGACGAGGACGACUUCUUCUCCGACGACGACGAGUCCGAGAACCUGGAGAGGGACUUCAGCCCCUUCGACUGAAAACUAACGGCAAGAGUCGAAGAGGAGAGAGAGGACGAGGCGGACCCCGCCACGGCCCCGCCCCCUCACCUGAGGGACAGGAGACGAUCAGAGGGACGUCCUUCUUCACCUGAACCCCCGACCCACACAGCUGCACUCGCUUCUACACUUCCUGUAUUUCUUCAUCUGUGUUUUCAUAAAAUCAAAGUACGGGAAGAGACGAGGGACACUGAAGAAAAACAAGUUCUGAGUUUCAGUUUUAAAUUCUGAGACAAAGACGGAAUUCUUAGUUUAGUCUUUAAAUUCCAACAAUUCUGCCAAGAAAGUUCUGUUUAUUUUUAUUUGUCAUACACCAGUCUGAAACUAGUUCAAAAACAAAUUUUAAAACAAGACCUAAACCAGUUUAAAAACAAAGUUUAAAACAAGGCUUAAACCAGUCUGAAACCAGUUUAAAACGAGACGUAACCAGUCUGAAACCAGUUCUAAAACAAAGUUCAAAACAAGACUUAACCAGUCUGAAACCAGUUCAAAAACAAAGUUUAAAACAAGACUUAAACCAGUCUGAAACCAGUUCAAAAACAAAGUUUAAAACAAGACUUAAACCAGUCUGAAACCAGUUAAAAAAUAAAGUUUAAAACAAGACAUGGAAGUCUGAAAUGUGUGCCCAGUCUAAAACCAGUAAAAUGUGUCAAAGUGUGAAAACAGUCAAUGUUAGAAACCAGUUUAAGUCCAGUCUGAAAAGAUUGCAAAUUUAGUUUGAUACCAGGCUGAAACCAGUUUAACACCUGUAUAAAAUUUGAAACCAGUUUGAGACGAGUUAAAAGGAUUUAUUAGUUUUGGCCCAGAACGUCGUCUUUCAUCUCAGACUUUUUUUUUUCGUCUCGAAAGAGAUUAAAAUUUAAAAAGUUCAGAAUUUGUUUGAAUUUAAAUCUCAGAACUUUUUUUUCCCCUCGCGGUCGUGUCCCGACAUCUCUCCUGUACUGAACCUGAAUCGGGACCUGGUUCAGGACCUGAUUGUGGUGUCUCUGCUGAGUUAGUUUGUGACGUUUCACAGAACAAAAUGUUUGAGUUGAGAAACAGAAAAAGGGAGUGAGAGACCGAGUCCACGUCUCGUUCAUCUUUCUGUACACCUGGUCCGUCACACGUUCUGCCUUGAUUUCUUUUACGAUGGAGGUUGCCUUCAUUUGGGAGUAAAGAAGAAUAUUAAUAAAAUGCAACUGUAACUGUUUUCAGAUUUAGAUUUACUUACAGAUCUGUUCUUGUUUUUUACGUUUGUAGAGUUGGAUGUUUCUAUGCAUCUGAAGGGUUAAAUCCUGAGCAGAGUGUCAGUAGGAGCCUCUGAAGUAUCGCUGCAAUAACCGAUCCAUCGAUCGAUCGCCAUCGGCCCGCUGUCCGUCAUUGCUGAGCAAAGACUGUCGCCUGCUCCGUUUGUUUUCUGUCUUUGAAAAGGACGACGUGAGGAAGAGAUUUAGGUUUGUUCUGCCGGAGUCCAGGGACGUCUGAUAUCUCAGCUCCCUGUUUUGCUGUAAUUUUGAGAGAUCCUAUAUUCAUAUUGUUGAUGUUCUAUAAUGUUCUUUCUGGUUCCUUUUGUUGGAGUCGAGCGACUUCAGCCAGCAAACUAAAUAAAAGCUUUUUCUGCUG